AUGUCCCAAAACGAAAGAACUUUCAUUGCUAUCAAACCCGAUGGUGUCCAAAGAGGCCUCAUCUCCAAGAUUAUCGGCCGUUUUGAAGACAGAGGUUUCAAACUCGUUGGCAUCAAGUUGAUGACUCCUACGGAAAACUUGCUAAAGCAACACUAUUCCGAACACGUCGACAAGCCAUUUUUCCCAAAAAUGUUGUCGUUCAUGACCUCUGGCCCAGUUUUGGCCACUGUCUGGGAAGGCAAGGACGUGAUUCGUCAAGGCCGUACCAUUUUGGGCGCUACCAACCCUCUCAACUCUGCGCCAGGGACCAUCAGAGGCGACUUCGCCAUCGAUAUGGGCAGAAACGUGUGUCACGGGUCCGACUCCGUUGAGUCUGCCAACCGCGAGAUCAGCCUGUGGUUCAAGGCCGAGGAAUUGGUCGACUGGAAAUUGAACCAGAUGUCCUGGAUCUACGAGUAA